CUGCCGACCCUGUCGGGCCUUCCCCGUCCGGGCAACUGGCUUCUGGACCCACUGCUGCCACCGCUGUGGCCGAUCGGUCUGCGGGCAGACCAGCCGCCUCCGCUGUGGCCCUUCCUGCACCUCUACCCGCCUUCGGAUGGCCACCUGCUCUCUCCCGGCGGCGGCAAGGCUGGGGCGGCAGUUACUGACUCGUCCAAGCUGUUCAGCGCUGCGGCGGCGGCACAGGGUCUGUCGGCGCUCCACUUGCGGCCUUUCGCCCUGAGCUCGCUCACAUGCGACCUGCGGCUAGGCGCCGUCAAGCCGUGGCUGUUCGCCGACGCGGUCGCGCCACCUCCGGCCGCCCCGCCGCCCCCUCCUCAUGGUCCGCCGCCGGCAUCCACCACCACCUCGAGUACCGCACAGGGUCCUCUGGGACUCGGCAGUGCGGCCUCCUCGCCGCCGACACCAACGUCCCAGGCGGCCAAGACUCCCAGCCGCCAAGCCCUCAGUCCUUCCUCCGGCGAGCCCGGUGGAGGACUCAUAUCCUCCAUGUCACCGUGCAGCCGACUCGACCUGGGUCCUCGGCUGAGCCCGCAGUCUCUGUCGGCGGCCGGCCUGCUGUCGGCGGUGCACCACCACCACCACCUGCACCACUUGCCCCACCUGCAUCACCAGCACCCGCUGUCUGACGUGUACUCCUGCCUCAAGUGCGACAAGAUGUUCUCCACGGCCCACGGACUCGAGGUGCACGCGCGGCGCUCGCACAGCGGAAAGCGGCCCUUCGCCUGCGAGCUCUGCAACAAGACGUUCGGCCACGAGGUCAGCCUCAGCCAGCACCGCGCCGUGCACACGUCCGAGCGUACUUUCGAGUGCAAGCAGUGCGGCAAGACGUUCAAGCGCUCCUCGACGCUGUCCACGCACCUGCUCAUCCACUCGGACACGCGGCCCUACCCGUGCGAGUACUGCGGCAAGCGCUUCCACCAGAAGUCGGACAUGAAGAAGCACACGUACAUACACACCGGUGAGAAGCCGCACAAGUGCGCUGUGUGCGGCAAGGCGUUCAGCCAGUCCUCGAACCUGAUCACCCACAGCCGCAAGCACACGGGCUUCAAGCCGUUCGCUUGCGAUGUGUGCGGCCGGGCCUUCCAGAGGAAAGUGGACCUGCGCAGGCACAAGGAGACACAGCACGCCGACAUCCGGCCCAUCUAACAGGCCGGAACGGCGACCGCCCAUCGCCGCCGCUAAGCGUCGUCUGAUGCUGCCGCCACUGUGCUGCUGUGCUGCUGUUGUUGCUGCGGCCACCCCCACGACGUGCUGCGUGUGUACCGCGCGAAUCAGCGCGGGCAGCAAUGUAACGGCGCGGAUUGGGACAGCUUGGAACCGGAAACAGGCACGAAUCGCCGACAGAGACACCAGCGUUCGCGAGAAGGGAACGUCCUUAGCACCGGCGGGCGUCGCAGAAGACCCCCCUCGAAUUGCGAAUGCUUCACGACGCGAAUAGGGGUCGCUAGUAUAACGUGUCGGUGUGCGCCACACAUGUCCGUCUUUCUUGUGUGCGUUCUUGCACGUACGAGGUGCGGAUUUGCUUCGUUUGCCCCCGAUGUUGCGCACUGCUGCUUGUGUUUGGAAGAUGAAACGAUCUGGUGUACAGAAAUGGUGAAUCGUGCAUGAUACAGUGAGCGCGAGUGGUGCUUAAAGAAAGACGUUGUUUCAAGUGAUCGGCAAGGGUAACAACUGAGUACGAAGCUGCAACCAUUAUUGAUUCGUUAUAGUGCUGUCGAUUUAGCGGCGCACGUUAUAAUACCGGUCAUAAAUUUCAUGUUUAUCUAUAUGCUGUCUAGUUAUGGCCGCUUUUUUGCCACACAUGUACAGAUAGCUGCCUUUGCGUCUUUUCAAUGAAACCUAACAGAGGUCGCGGCGUGGGUUACAUUUUUUUCGUUCGUGAGACGUCCUCGCAAGGUUUCGGAUUCUUGAAAAACGCGCGAUCGUAGCGGAGCGAAGCUUGUCAUUGUGUUGUUCUUUAAUUAUACUCGCUGCUAAACUGAGAUACGAAAUCCGGCCAUUAAUAGCGACCAAGCUUUCGGACGCCUUGCCCCUGUAUCCUCAAGCGAACCUCGACUCGAAGCUCUUCCUCCACUCCAUUUAAGUGACCGCAGCGCCGUACCUUGGCUGAAGCUGACGCUACGCUUUUCAAGAACUGUCGCGGGACGUUACUGAAGCGCAGCGCUUAUCUUUGCCGUUGUUCAGCACUGCCCUCCACUUUCUCGAGUCAAGGUGGAGUGUUAAGGGAAUGAAGGUUCUAGAAUAUGGGGGGUUAGAAAUGCGAGCCGCCUAUCAGAAAUACAGGGUGUUCUUUCUUUAGCUGCACCAAUUUUUUAAACAUGGAAAAUAUAUGUCACGGU